CGACGCACCCGGACAGCGGAACAGCGUGGACGAGGAGCCGCAGCAGAGUGGUGGCUAACAGCGUUAGCAUCAGAGCUUAAAGCUGUGUUUAAUGCUACACAUCCAGCAUGGAGAGCUCCACAGAGGGGACGUGGGACAGUCUGCCGGUGAAGCUCACCGACGGGAUCCUACAGACGCUGGAAGACGUGAAGUUCACGCACAUGACACCUGUACAGUCUGCUUGCAUCCCUCUGUUCAUGAGUAACAAAGAUGUGGCUGCUGAGGCGGUGACCGGGAGCGGAAAGACGCUCGCUUUUGUGAUUCCCAUCAUAGAGCUGCUCCUGAGGAGAGAAGAAAAGCUGAAGAAGAUGCAGGUUGGAGCUCUGGUGAUCACUCCCACCAGAGAACUGGCCCUUCAGAUCAGUGAAGUGAUGGAGCUGUUCCUUCAGAAGUUUCCACAGUUUACGCAGAUUUUGCUGAUUGGUGGCACCAACCCGAUAGACGACGUGGAGAGGUUUAAGGAUAAAGGGGCGAACAUCGUGAUUGCGACACCGGGUCGUCUGGAGGACAUGUUCAGGAGGAAGGCAGACGGUCUGGACCUGGCCAGCUCAGUCAGGAGUCUGGAUGUUCUGGUUCUGGACGAGGCCGACAGACUGCUGGACAUGGGGUUCGAGAUGAGUCUGAACACCAUCUUGGGCCACCUGCCUAAACAGAGGCGGACGGGCUUGUUUUCAGCCACCCAGACUCAGGAGCUGGAGAAGUUGGUGAGGGCCGGACUCAGGAACCCGGUACGCAUCGCCGUGAAGGAGAAGGGCGUGGCUGCAACCGCCGCCAUCCAGAAAACACCGUCCAGGCUCUGCAACUACUACACCAUAUGCAGAGCGGAGAACAAGUUCAACAACCUGGUGGCGUUUCUAAGGCAACGCAAGCUGGAGAAGCAUCUGGUCUUCUUCAGUACGUGUGCGUGCGUGGAGUACUUCGGUCGAGCUCUGGAGACUCUGAUCAAGAGGGUCACCGUCCACUGCAUCCACGGCAAGAUGAAGAACAAACGCAACAAGAUCUUUGCCGACUUCCGGGCUCUGAAAAGUGGGAUCUUGGUGUGCACAGACGUCAUGGCCCGAGGGAUCGAUAUCCCCGAAGUCAACUGGGUGCUGCAGUACGAUCCUCCCAGCAGCGCCAGUGCUUUUGUGCAUCGAUGUGGACGUACAGCUCGUAUCGGUAACCAGGGCAACGCCCUCGUCUUCCUGCUGCCGAUGGAGGAGUCGUAUGUCACCUUUCUGUCCAUCAACCAGAAGUGUCCGCUCCAGAAGAUGGUCCUCACAGGUGAAGUUUUGGACAUUCUGCCCAGAGUGAAGGCCAUGUCUCUGGCAGACAGAGCCAUGUUUGAUCGAGGCAUGAGGGCCUUCGUGUCGUUCGUCCAGGCGUACGCCAAACACGAAUGCAGCCUCAUCUUCAGGAUCAAAGAUCUGAACUUUGCCACGCUGGCCCGCGGCUUCGCCCUCCUCCGCAUGCCCAAGAUGCCCGAGCUGAAGGGGAAAACCGUCCCCGGCUUCACCAGGAUGGCGCUGGACACGGACACCAUCCGCUACAAGGACAAGAACCGGGAGAAGCAGAGACAGAAGAUGCUCGCCGAGCUGAAGGAAAAAGAAAAGACGCCGUUUGUUAAAAAGAACUUCAUCAAGAACAAGGCCUGGUCGAAACAGAAGACCAAGAAGGAACGCAAGAAGAAGAGGUCGGCCAAGAGGAAGCACGAGGAGGGCUCCGACGUGGAAGACGAAGACAUGAAGGAGCUUUUAAAUGACCAUCGCAUCCUCAAGAGGCUCAAGAAAGGUCAGAUCAGCGAGGAGGACUUUGAGAAGCAGAUCACAAGCGGAACAAUGUCCAAACACAACGUAGCAGCAGUAUCCGUGGACGAGGAGGCGUGAGCGGCUGUGUUGCAUUCAAAUGAAACCCCUUUUCCACAUUAGUUUACGUCAUGAUAAAUGGAUUUUUUUAUUGAGUUAUAAAUAAA